GUAAACAUACUCUAUACAUAUACAUGCGAUGACUAAUUGUCAUAGACUAUCGGAAAAUACAAGAAACAUUAACUCGCUACGAUCGGAGCUACGAUGUUCGAGUUAUCGAUCGUGAAGUCAACAGUACCGUGCAACGUAAUCAAAAAUAUUUACAGAAGAGGGCGCUGAUCGCUACGAUGGCGGAAAUAAUGUGCUCUAGGGUGCAACAUUCUAUACAUUUGCAUUUGCGUUUCAGCUGUUGAGUCGUACGUUUGUGCGGCUCCGCGAAUUGUUGUACAAGCGAAUUUUAUACGUCUUUUGCUGCCAAAACAGCGUUUCAAUUUAGAAAUGACAGGGUUUACUGAAAGUGCACUUGUGAAACGAUUAAUGGACUUAAAUCCCUCACAACAGAGCAUUCAGACACUCUCCCUUUGGUUAAUUCAUCAUAGAAAACAUCAUCCAACCAUCGUGAAAGUCUGGUUCAAAGAAAUGUGCAAAGUGAAAGAUAAUCGUAAGCUGAUGUUCAUGUAUUUGGCAAAUGAUGUUAUUCAAAACAGUAAAAAAAAAGGACCAGAGUUUGGGAAAGAAUUUGAAACAGUUUUACCAAAAGCUUUUGAACAUAUGAAAGGAUUUGACGAAAAAACAAGGGAAAGGUUAAAUAGGCUGCUCCAAAUUUGGGAAGAGAGAGGAGUUUAUGAUAAAUUACAAAUUGCCGAAUUUAAGGCUGCCUUUACAGACAUUUCAAAAGAUUCAGGGGCACAACCUCCAAAAAAGAAAUUUAAGAGUGACAUAGAGAAAGUAAAGAAAGAUAAAAAGGAGAGAAAGAAAUCAGAGACUGAGGUCGAAGUGGAUGGAACCAAAGAGCUACAUGUAACAUUAAGUCCUCGAACUCCUGCUGGAGAUCCACCAGAGACGGAAGAACUCAUCAAAGCUUUAAUGGAUUUGGAAAAUACAGCAUCCUCAGAUGCUGGUGUUAGAGAACGUAUUGCCUCCUUACCACCAGAAGUUUCUGAAGUUUCUCUUCUGGCAAAUUUAGCUGAUAGGGCAGCUGCAGAUCAAUUAAGUGUUGCAGUAAAUGAAGCUGCUGCACUGCUAGCAGAUUAUAAUGGACGAUUACAAGCUGAAAUGGAAGAUAGGAGAAGAUUGUUAACUAUGCUUAGAGAUUAUACUUUAGCGCAAAGACAAUUGCUUCAACAGGCACAAACAACUUUAGAGGACUAUAAAGAAAAACUUAAAAAAGUAUGUGCUGUUCGAUCCGAGGUGAAAUCACACAUUUCCAAUUUGCCUGAUUUGACACAAUUACCUGAUGUUACGGGCGGAUUAGCACCUCUUCCAUCAGCUGGUGAUUUGUUUUCUAUGCACUAGCACGUGAAUUUAGAAAGCACGAUCGCUAAAUUAUUUUUGAGUUCCACACAUAAAUGAAUGCAACCAUGCUAUGUUAGCUUGGUUUUUGUGAUGAAGUAUAAUCUUAUACUAUAACUUUCUACUUUCGAAAUACAAGAUUGUAAGGUACUGACAGAACAUAAAAUCAUUUUGCAAAAUACUUUAGAGAUGUGAAUAAGGAAACGAACCAAGUAAUUGUAUGAUAUUUCAGAAUUUGUAAAACUACAGCGCCAGUAAUUUUCAGUGUUAUAUUUCAAUUUUUUCUUGUUCUUUUUAA